CGCAAUUCUAACAAAACCUUUCCCCAAACCAAAACAAGCAACAAGCAAGCAAGCGACAAACAAAGAAGCCAACAAAGCAGCAACACAAACCCCCACUCACUGACACUUGCUUGGCGCAGCCGUUCUUUGGUGACAACGAACCAACCAACAGAGCAAGCAAGCAAGCAAGACAGAGGUUUCAGUUUCGUUCGUGUUGCAGUGUCGACACAAAGCAACACGCGCAUCUGUCGUUCAGCGCCCGAGGUGUCGGCUGCUGAGUGACACGAAGCAGCGCCAUGGAGACGCUCAGGAAAUGGCUGGGCGUGUCGGAGUCCGAGCUUAUGGACGCAGACAGCGUCCAGGACCGCUUUGUCGACCUCUGCAUGUCUGGCGACAUUGACGACCAACAGAUCUCGGCUGAAGCCCGAGACAUGAUUCGGGAGGCCAAGGCAAGCAAGGGCACCGACAAGCAGAAGAAGAAGAAAAAGAGGAGCAAGAAGAAAAAGAAGCAGAGCGAGAAGAAGCGGCCGUUUGUGGUCUCUGUGCCGGGCCUGCUGUCGCCGUUCAACGCGUUUGCGCAGGUGCGGGAGCGAGUGCUCAACGCGCGUGCCCGCGCUAUUGGUGUCAGCAAGUCGCUCAAGACAGACGACCUUGGCGUUGCCACCUCCACCAAAGCCGAGGAAGAGGAGGGCGAAGAUGAGGACAAGGACACCGAGGCCAGCCAGGCUCCCGCGCCGCUGUCCAAGCUGACGAUGAUGGGGCUGCAGUCCACGUUUGAGAUUGUGCAGGACGUGUGCACAGCAGACACCGCGCUGGCGGAGCGCAUGCUGCUGUCCCUGCUCAAGAUCCUGGAAGGCCUUGACCCAGAGGCCAUGUACGCGGAGGACGCCGAGUUGCUCAACGAACUCGCCACCAUGUUCACCCAUCUUGUUACCUCGGUCAAGAACAACCGCCUCAAGGCCAUCCUCUACCAGUGCAUGCUUGCGCUUGCUGUUGCCCGCGGCGAUCCAAGCAAGACGCUGCCGACCAUCCUGCCGCUCCUCAACGACCACUCCUCCGUCCCCGUCACCAUGCCAGAGAAUAUGAAGACGGUGGUGGCGAGUGCCCUGAACCACGCCUACCCGAACAACACCAUUCCCUGGGUGAAGGUGUGCCCUGGCCCUGCAACGCAGCUCUUCUCCAUGCCCUUGGCCGACUGCCUUCCCGGCGCUGCAGAGCUUCCACGCGACACGCCCAAGGCGCUGGCUGUUGGCGCAGAUCACGUCAUCUUCCUCUCCGGGUCGUCCAUCACAAAGCUUGGGUCUGGCUUCAACGGCACAUCGCCCGGCUUCUUCAUGGGGUCGAUGGACCUUGACCCGUCCUCUGGUGGCUCGUGGCUCGGCUACGUCUCGGGGCGGCUGCUGUACCGCAGUGAAACAGAUGCGAGCGGCGUGUUCCUGCUGAUUGACAGCACCACAUUGCAGCCGACCGGUGUGAUUGCCCAGGUCUCCGACAGCGCCAGCCUGAUUGGCGAUUUGCCGUACUGCCUGUUCACAUCACCCUCUGGCGACCUGGGUGUUGUCGAGGACACGCCCAACGGCUGGCGCUACCGCAUCCUCACCAUCGGAACAGUCAACGGACAGCCGAGCCUGACAGACAAGGAGACGCGCAUGCUGUCGACGGCAAAAGUGCACGUUCGUCUUGACGGCGCGGCGGAUUGGUCUGUGGACGACGGCCCGUCGCGUGAACUCACCUUUCCCUCGGGCGUCACCCCGCUGGAAGUGGUCACGGGGCAGUCGUUUGCCGUCGCACGCAGCGACUCGGGCGACCUGUUUGUCACCAGCACUAUCCCCAAGCUGUUUGGCGUCGACAUGCGCCAGGGCGUGUGGAAUAACUUGCCUAAGCCUGCUGGGUUCUCCUGUGUUGGCCUGCGCGGCUCCCACGCCGUUGACGGCUGCCUCCUCCUCGGCGAUGACACCAUCUUCAUCUUUGGUGAGUUUGAGGGGACCGACGAAGCAAUUGAGCAGCGCCGUCAGCGCCACGCAAAGGCCACAGCUUCCUCCACGUUUCUGCGGUCGUUUUUCAAGGCGCCGAGCAGCGUUGCUGACGCGUGUCUGGCGUCCGGCAUGGCUGUGCUCGCCCUCAAGGAUGGGACCGUCAAUGUCAUCACAUACAAGAACCCCGAUGGCGACAAGCCCAAGCAGCAAGACAAGCGCAAGGGGAAAAAGGACAAGAGCAAGGAAGAAAAGGGCAAGGACAUCAAGUUGUCGCAAGCGGUGCUCACAACGCUGGAGGAACUGCCCGUGGGCCGCCUCUUCUCCCGCUCGGCCCGGCGCAAGGCCAAGACGUGCCACGCAUGCUCGGCCGAGUUCAGCAAAGAUGAUCACGUCUUCACAUCCAUCGACAGAGAGCUGGCCAAGUUCUACUGCGAGAAGUGUGUGACCAAGAACAAGCUGUCGGAGCUCUCAGUGACAUGCAAGACAUUGCGCGUUCCUCUGGGCGGCAGUGGCGUUGAGCCACGCCGCGUGUGUGUCAAUGAGAAGCGGCUCGUUGUGCUCACGAGCGAGGGCCGCGUCUUCGACUCCCACCCAGGCGUCAACGACGACACCUGCUCCGUCACACAGGCCAGGGCCAAGGAAGAACAGGAGAAGCUGAAAGAGGCUGGUGCGCUUCCCUGUGAUCACGAUUUCAGUCACCCAGCGGGCAGUGUCGCCCACAUCUGCCCCGCGUGCAACCAGUGUACCAACUCUGGCAAGGCGUGCUACCGCGCUGCCAAGAAGGACCGCGAGAAAGGCGCGCCUUGCGGGUGCGGUGAUGGCGACCCCGGCUGCCUCAAGUGCGGCAUGUGCAAGACGUGCGCCAAGGAGGGCAAGCGGGAGGAUGGCGCCGACUCUGAGCAAAAGUCCCUCACUGCCGUUCUCGACCCGCCCCACGCCCCGCGCGUCCUGCCAGAGGGCUUUGAGCUCUCCCGCGUGCAGCAGGAGGAGGAGUUCGCGGACGUGUGUGCUGGCGAGGAGCACGUGGUUGCCCUGACCGUGGACGGCAAGGUGUUUGUGUCCGGCUCAAACGAGGACGGGCAGCUCGGCCUGCCAGACAUGGUGUGCACCGUCCCCUUCACGCACGUGCCCUUGCCCAGCGAAGCGCGCGCGUGCGGCAUCGCAGCCGGCGCCCGCCACACGGCCGUUGUGCUUGAGGACGGGCGGCUGGUCACGUUUGGCCGCAGCGACGAGGGCCAGCUCGGUGCGGGCCGCGCUGUGACGGACGACGACCGGAAGGCGGCGGUUGAGGCUGCUGUUGACGCAGCAGCGAAGGAGAAGGCCGACGCACAGGAGGAAGAGAAGAACAAGGAGGAAGGAGAGGGAGAGGAUGACGAGAUGAAGAAGCCAGCAGCCGAUGAGGCGAAGAAGGGGGAGGACAGCAAGGAGAAAGACAAGAAGGAAGCAGAGCAAGGUGACGAGAAGAAGGCCGAAGGAGCUGAGCAGAAGGAGGGAGAUCAAGAAGAAGACAAGAAGAAGAAAGACGACAAGGAGGAGGAGGAGGACAAGGAUAAGGCUGCUGCUGCUGCCGCCGCCGCCGUCGCCGAAGACAAGGCUGUGGCUGAGCGGGCCAGCAAAGCUGCCAAGGCUGCCACCAACGCGCCGCGCAUUGUGGAGCUGCCCAUGGCCGCGUCCACCGUGAGCGCCGCCGGCAGCGCCACCAUCGUGUUUAUGGGAGAGGACGUCUUUGACAAGUCUGUCCUUGCCAAGUCCAGCAUGGCCUGCACAGGCCAGUACCUGCUUGCGCUCACGCCGCAGGGGGGUGCUGCCGAUGCUGCCACCGACGGUACGGUGUGCCUGGCCACCUUCAACCUGACCAGCGGCCUGCUUGUUGAGAAGAACACGGCGUCCGGGAUUGGCCGCGGCAGCUGCCUGUGCUUCAGCGCGCAGCACGACACGCUUGCGCUCUACGACAACACCGCCGCUGCCGUCAGCUUCCACCGCACGCUGCUGACGGACGUGGAACGCAAGCCACACGAACGGCAGCGGUCGUACUCGGACCUGGCGGUGGAUCCCCGUGCAUUCUUGCUGUCCCCGUCCAACGUCGUUGGCCCGGAGAGUGCGGCCACCGCGCCGCGCGCCCUCGCCUCCACGUUCCUCAGCGUUCUUGCUGCGAUGAACCACGAGCCCGUCGGGCGGCCCAAGGCGGCGUCAGACAAGGUGGUGCCCAGCUCGCCCUCCACCGGCAUUGGGCUGGAGGACGUGACGCAUGUGUCGCGGUACUCGUCGCAGGGCGGCGGCUGGGGCUACGGCGGGUCGUCGCCGGACGCCAUCGGCUUCAAGGUGAACCAGCCGAUCGCCAUCUGCGGGUUUGGGCUGUAUGGGCAGGACUCCAUGUCGUUCAACGCCACGAUGAAGCUGUUUGUGGACGGCAAGGCGGAAGAGCCUCUGGCGACCAAGACGACGACGUACUCGAGCAACUGCCCCGGCCGCAACUACGCCGCCAUCCUCUUUGACGAGCCCGUCACCGUGGAGCCGCACCAGCUGUACAUUGCCUGGGCGCUGAUCCAGAGCCCGCACUCGUCCAUCUGUGGCUCGAGCGGCCAGUCUGUGGUGGAGGAGGACGGGGUGCAGUUCAACUUUGUCAGCACGCACCACGGCUCCAACGGCACCGACGUCAGCUCCGGGCAGGUCCCUGCCAUCCUCUUCUGCACGCUGGACAAGCUGCAGGGGAGCACGGACCUGUUUGCGUCCACGGAGCAGAGCUUCAAGCUGAGCCCCCGCUUCUACCGCCAGGCGGAUGUUGGGGGCCUGGAGGGCCUGCUCAACACCCUCUCUUCCACGUGGCAGCACUUGCUCAAGGCCAAGGCGGUCCCAGCAGCAGGUAAAAGUACCAAGUCCAACACACACUUCCACGUGGGCGUGUUUGCCCGCUGCCUGCAUCUGAUUGAGCAGUGCGUGCGCAGCAACUUUGAACUAGACUGGCUCGGUAACGUGACCACGCGCCCAAAGCCGGACGUGUCCACUACUCUCUUUGAGGAAGUUCUGCGGCUGCGUCAUUUCGCCCGCGAGUGCCUGUCCACAGCGCCCAAGAAUGCGGCGACGCGCAAGGCACUGGAGCUCAUCACCAGCACCUUCAAGCAGUUGUUUAAGCUCUUCUAUCCUACCACUCGUCUCCAGCGUGACCUCUUCCUGGAGGUGCUGAUGCAUGGCAAGACCGAUGUAUCAGAUCCGCAAGCAGAAGCGCAGCCGCUGCUACUCGCGCUGUUGUCAGUGUUCUCACAGCCCGGUUUCAACUUCCCCAAGUUGUUUCUCGCCAAGAGCACGCUCGUGUCUGAAACCGCCAAGACCAUGCAAGUGGUGGAGGUGGAGGGCGAGGACGCUUACGAAGCCCUGACGGUCAGCACCAACUCUGUCCGCGCCAACGCCCUCAAGACCAGCGAGCCGGAAGUCUGGGAGAGCAACGGCCCGAGCGGUACGCACUGGAUCCAGGUGCAGAUGCAGCCCAACGUGUAUAUCAGCGAGCUGACGCUGGUGGCGGCGAGCCGCGACUCGUACCGCCCCAGCCGCGUAGACGUCAAGGUGGGCACGGAGGACGACCUGUCCAGCAUGUGCUCCAUCAACUGCGAUGCCGAGCGCAAGGGCGACAACAUCACCAUGCUGUCGGACUGCGACGAGUACUACCCGGUCGUGAGGCUGUGCAUCUCAGCGGACGGCAUCAACACGCGGAUCCGCCAGCUCGUUGUUGUUGGUGAGCAGCGCACGCUCCAGCCCGGCCUGGCGGACGCAGAGGUGAUGACGCCCUACUCUGAAUACGUCAUGGCGCAGUGCGGCAUGUUUGCCGGGAAGAGCGACGAUGACGACGUGUCGUCGGACCUGUUCCGCGAGGUGGUGCAUCGCCUCAUUGCCAUGGUGCGUGGCACAGCUGCCAAUGGGUCCCACAGCAUCGAGGAGCUGGUUGCCGCACUGCUCACGUCCACCACGACGCAGCUCAGCCUCAAGUCUGCCAUGGCCACACAGCACCCACAGCCGCAAGGCGCAGCACCAGCAGCGGCAGCCUCUCAAGAGUCUCAGAGCAAGCUGGCGAGCGGGUUUGUGGUUACAGUGCUGCAAGAGGCGCUGAUGGUACUCAACUCUGGACAGGUGGACGUGUCGACGUCACCCUUGUUCACCAAGAUCCUGCCCAGCCUGCUUGCCCAUGCGAGCUUCCUGGAGCACGCGAGCACCGCAGAGGUGCUGGAGGUGGUUGGCCUCAUCCAAGAGCUGCUGGGCCGCAUUGCUGCGAUGCAGCCUGCUUCCUCCGGAUCAAAGGCGGACAGCGGCCACAACAAAGCCGACAACACUGACGAGUCUGCCGCCUCCUCACCACGCCUGGUGGUGGUGGAGACAGCGCACCCCUACGAGCAGGCCGUGCGCCAGCAGCGGGCCAUCAGCUUUGACAAGGACACCAGUUGCCUUGGCAUUGAGUUUGACCCGCGGUCGUCCUUCUCCCAGGUGGAGGACAAGCUCGUGAUUUGGGUGCGGCGCAGCGACAGCGAGGACUUUGUGGAGUUUAUGUCCUUCACAGGCAACACCGAUUUUCCGUCACAGAGCCUCAUCCUGCCUGGCCACGCCGCCAUAUUCGAACUGCAAACCGCCACAGAUUACCAGGAUCUGGAGCGAGAGAACAACGAGUCGUGCUUUGGGUUCAAGGCGACUGUUGUUGGCUACAAGUUCUCCGAGUGCUCCCGCGACCUCCUGCACAUCCUGGAGCGUGAGUUGACGCUCGUCGGCGGCAUGUGCGCCGCGUCCCUCCUGAAGAAGAAGGCCAUCACCCGCCUGAGCCGCGCAGAGCUUGAGGAGGACGAUGAGGACGAGGGCAAGGGCAAGAAGCACAAGCACAAGGCAAAGCUCACCUCCGACGAGAAGAAGGAGCGCAAGGAACUGGCGGCUGCGCUUGAUGCCAUGGCGUCAAGCCUCUUCUCCAAGGGUCUGCGGCUCCCAGAUCAACACAAGCUGCUCGAGUUCUUCAAGGAGCCAUCAGUCAAAGCCCUGAUGCAUUUCCAUCCGCGUGAAGAAGGCAACUUCGACCAGAUGUUCCUGCGCAACUUUGUCGACGCCACCCCCAACACACCAGGCGGCCGUCUCGCUGAGUGGUUGCAAGGGCCAUGUGCAGUCAACCCUCGUUCGUGCACGCUCGAGUACAUGCAGCCAGGCAAAGAAGUGACAACCAUCAAGCAAGGCGACACGUGCAAAUUCAAACUGCAAACGCGCGCCACGGAUGGAGGCUUGAUCCACCACCCGAACACGAUGGUGCGGUUCAUUGCGAAGCGGCGGCGUGACAAGGCCACGUCUUCGUCCGAGCCGGCCAGCAAGGGCAAGGCCAAUGGCAAUGACGCUACCGCGGGUUCCUCUGCCAAUGCUGAUGCUGACAAGAGCAGCGCCCGCUCCCGCGAUGUGCUGGCUGGUCUUGAGCCGCGCAAGACCGCGCAUGGCAUCGAGUACCAGUCGCUGUUUGCCCGCGGCGGCGUUCGCUACAGCCCGGAGGAGGCACGGCUGCGGUACCUGCAGAAGGCCGUGGAACAGGUGUCCACAGACGCCGUGGAGGACGGCGUGUAUGCCAUCUCGUGGAAGCCAACCGAGCCGGGUGUGUACGAUGUGGACGUGGUGGUCGACGGCCAGUCGAUCCUCGCCGAGAAGCGCGCGUAUGUGGUUGAGGAGGACGACCACUUCAACAGCUCGGACAAGGCGUCCACGGCCUCUGACGAGGAAGAGGAAGCCGCCCGCGCUGCCGUCGACAAGGAGCUGGAGGAGCUCGAUGCAGAAUGCGAAAACGACGUGGUCAUGACACCCGGCUCCAGCAAGUUCAAAGCCAUCAAGGACGUCGUUGUCCGAGCAGCGCCUUCGCAAGAGAGCAUCGGGGUCGGCAAGUUGUCUCCCGGCGAUAUCAUUGACACGAGCGACUUGCAGACAAACGCGGAAGGCAUGUGGGUGAAGCUGGCAGGCGAAUGCAUCUUCUCAUGCGUCGAAGAGUCGAUGCGGCACCUCGAUGCGUGGGUGCCCCAUCACAUUUCCGAGUUGUUUGGGGGCGCGCAAGUCCUCGAAGACCUGGCUGAAGACGCUGAUGUGGACAGCAAGGGGAGCAAGCAAUCGUCCGCAGAAUCCCCCGCCGGCAUGUCUGCACCUCGCGGGGGCUUUCAGCUGGGCCCGGGCCCCUUUGGCAGCUUUGGCAGCGGCCCGAGCGGCAGCGGCUCGCUCGGUGCGCCUGCUGGCAUGAGUCCCUUUGGCUCCGCCUUUGGCAGUGGCCCUGCUGGUGGGUUUGGUGUGGGCCCGGUACUCAGUGCGCGACCUCCUGCGCCCGGUCCACGGCCGCCUGGUGCCAUCGAAGGACUUACGUAUCAAAAGAACGAGGUACCGACUUUUGGACAACCGGUACGUGCGUUUGGAGCGCCAGCGCCUGCGUUUGGAGCGCCAGCGCCUGCGUUUGGAGCGCCUGCGUUUGGAGCGCCUGCGUUUGGAGCGCCUGCGCCUGCGUUUGGAGCGCCUGCGCCUGCGUUUGGAGCACCAGGUCCGUUUGGGGCCAAGCCGUUUGAUUUUGGCGGCACCAAGAAGGACUCGCCGUCAUCGGCGGAUCAAGCAGGUAGCGCGUUGGCCAAGACAGUGAAGAAGAAGGGGAAGAAGAAGCCUGCUGGGAAGAAGGCAUUUGACAUGUUCCAUGGCGAGGAUGUGGUGGAUCUUGUCACCCAAGAAUCGAGCUCAGCGCCCGGUGAGGCCAAGCCGUUCUCGUUUGGAGAGGCGGCCAAGUUGAAGACGGGUUCUGACAGCUCCUCUUCAUCCUCUGGUGCAAAGCCGGAGGCCGCGGCCAGCAAGCCAAAGGCCGACGAGCCUCCCCUGUUCUUGGAGCGGACGUGUCGCCAGGCAUCGUACACGUUCCCUGUGGCCCGGCUGGUUCGCACCAUCUAUGCGGUGUUCUUGUGGCACGCCAACUUCAUGCCGGAUGCUGUCCUCUUGGCAACGCACCUCAAGUUCCAGCCAGACAUGCUCCGCCCCCGCACCGAGGAGAAGCAGCGGCAAGAGACGCAGCGCUUGCGCAAAGCCUUUUCUCACCCACCGCCUCCUGUCGAAAGCAUCGAGCACGGUGCCACGGUGUACUUCACCAACUCUGACUCGUCCAUGCCCAUCAAGGCGAAGGUGAAGAAGGUGCAGGUACAGCACAUCAUCAUCAACGACCUCAAGGUUGAGGUUGGUAUGCGGCUCGAGGCCAAGGACCGUCUCAACCCAAACAUGAUUGCGCCUGCCAACGUCAUUGCUGUGCUGCCGGACAACCGCAUUCGGAUCAACUUUGAUGGGUGGAGUGCGCGGUACGACUACGAGGCUUCGCUGGACGACGCAGACUUGCAUCCAAUUGGAUAUGCACAAAGUAUCAACCACAAGCUUGAGCGGCCCAACGGCUAUGGAGAAAGGUUUGUUUGGCCGGAGUAUCUUCGCGACAUCAAGGCGCGCCCAGUGCCGUUUGAGCUGCUCUCUCACCGCAGCAACCAGAAGCUCAUCGAGCUGGACAAGAAGGCGAGGGAGAUGGGCAAUGGCGCCAUCGCCCAUCCCAUCCACGAGCACUUACUCCGCCACCACCUGCCGAACCACGGCUGGGUGUGCGAUGGACGCCACCAGCAACACGAUUUUUGCGGCUGCGAUGGCGGCGGCGGCCUCUUUGGCGGCGUGGCAUACGGCGGAACGCCGCGGUUCCGCUGCAUGGACGGCUGCGACUAUGACCUGUGCCUUGGCUGCGUUGCAACAAGCCGUCUGUUGUACGAUCGCAAGAAGUACCCGCGCCGUGAAGACGCGGGUGGCGGCGGCCUGUUUGGCGGCCGUGACGGCCUGUUUGCGGAUGAUGACGACGACGACGAUGAGCCGUCAACAAGCGAGGAGGAGGAGGAAGAGGACCUCUUUGGCGACGGCAGUGAGGGCGACGCUGCCGAUCGCCCGACGCGGCAGGACGUGAAGGUCCUGCUUGAGGUCGAGGCCUCGGGUAAGGAGGUGGAGGUGCCUCUGUCCAACAUCCGCUUUGUGGAUGACGUGGAGCAGGAAGCAGAGGAGUCGCCGGCAGCACUCGCGGCAAGCCAGGUGCCGCUCGUGCCGCGGCUGCUGGCGUCCUCGUGGGACCAGAAGGAGGACCGCGCACUGUUUGUGCUCUCGUCCAUCAUGCGCCAGUUCAGCAAGGCCAGCGGGCUGACUAUCGAGUCUGCGUUUUACGGCGAGCCCGCCGCCAACAUUGGCAAGGACGUCACCACCACCGUGCAGUACUUUGUGAGCGAGGGCACGCUGCAGCUGCCCUGGAAGUACGACGUGCUGUUUGGGCCCACGCGCCUGCCCCAACCCAAGCUGCGGAUUGUGUACAAGGUGCGCGGCGUGGAUGGCGAGGAGCUCAUCAACGAGACAGACAAGGACGUGCCCGUGCGCCUGGACGCGGAGCAGAUUGCCCGUGCCCGCGGCGUCGACUGGGACAAGGUCAUGCGCAAGCUCACGGCUCCUGACGACGACGAGGAUGACAAGAAGAAGAAGAAGAACAAGGGCAAGCAGAAGGACAAGAAGGAGGAGAACGCUGGUCCUGUGCCUGUGCCGUUUGGCGGCUUUGGCGGCUUUGGAGGCGGCUUUGGCGCGCCCCAGCAGGACCAGGUGUGCGAGCUGUGCAAGGAGACCCACCCUUCGCCGAUCACCUACCACAUGCGAAAGCAGCACCCGGGCUGCGGCAAGAACGCGUCCGGCAUGGGCUACAACAGCGGCGGCUCGUAUGACUCUGGCUGGGUUGGCAACUGCGGCGACGGCGGCAUUGGCGGCAACACGUGGUACCUGCUGUGCCGCGAGUGCCGGGAGAAGUACAUGCAUGAGGAGAAGAGCGACGACGAGGAGGAAGAGGAGGGCGUGGAUGCCCUGCUGGCGACGGCCCUGGCCACUGCGCUCCCCAGCAUCGACGAUGAGGGCGAGGCCGAGGCCGACCCUGACGCCACCACCGCCGUCGGCCUCCUCAAGCGCGUGGGCCUCAAGGCCGAGUUCCUGCUCAACCUGGAGCCGUUUGAGCACGAGGCGCGCUUCACCUCGGCGUCGGCGGCGGACGACGUGGACAGCGACGCCACGCUCGACCCGACCGCCGGCUCGCUGUACAUGGAGCUGAAGCAGGAGCUCCUUGAUCUGCAGCCGCCAGAGCCAGACGCGGACGUGCUUGGCCGCUCCAUCUCCGCCGCACCCACGCGCGCGCGCCCAACGCUGCGCAAGCAGCAGACGCUCGGCGGCGAGGCCCUGCGCAAGCUCUCUGGUGACAUCACGGCUGCCCUCAGCCCGCUGCGGCGCAACGUCACGGACGAUCCAACGGCGCUCUCCAGCACCGCUGCUGGCUCGCUCAGCCCCCAGCGCGGCAAGCACACCCGCCGCGGCGUCUCCAGCACGAGCGGCGCCGACGACGCAGCAGGGACGGGUGCAGGCGCAGGUGCGGGCGCCCCGAGGCCACGGCGGCCGGGCCAGCUCAGCCGCGCGCUGAGCCUGCCGUACCCCGACGAUGAGCAGGAGGCGCAGCACACGACGGUGCCCAACUCGCCCACGUCUGCACGCGGCCAGGCGCCGCGCGGCUUCACGGCCCCACACGAGGCGCUGCUGGGCCGCCCGUCGAAGCAGCUGCGCAAGUUUGCCAAGAGCGACGGGCAGGCCGAGCUGACGAAGAACGUACUGGACUUUGUGUCGUCUUCGGCCAGCACGGAGCGGGUGGCGCGGCUGCUCAAGGCCGAGGCCGAGCACGUGUACCAGCGGCUGCAAGGGCUGCGGCUGUUCAUUGUGCUGCUGAAGAGCGUGAUGACGCCCGGCGCGGUGCAGGACCUGCUGUGGUACUUUGUGUCGACGCUGGCCAAGGGCAGGAAGCCCGAGGUGGACAGCGAGGGCGUGGACGUGCCGCUGCCGCUUGGCAAGCACCCGCUCGGCGACAUUGACACCACCAACACGCUGGUGGGCUUUGUGCGCCACACAUACCACCACCUGCUCUCUGUCGUGCUUGAUUUCAUGCGGGCGCUGCCUGCGUCAUCGCCCGUGCAGCAAAUUGCGCUGCGCUGCUGGGCGCUGCCGUUCCAGGAGGCGGACCUGCCGUUCCUGCACCGCUCCCAGAUCUUCUCCGUCGUCUCGGGCCACGUGUCGCUUGGCCCGCGCGCACGCGAGGCUGAAGGCGAGCAGGAGGUGGUGGAAUGGCUGGAGCGCGCCCCGGUCAAGGCCGAGGUGAGCGUGGCCUCAAAGGAGGCCCUGAAGGACUCCCUCUCCGACAGCGACACGCAGACGUUCUGGGAGAGCGACGAGAGCCCCGAGGGUGGACAGCGCUGGAUUCAGCUGGAGAUUGCGCCGGGGGAGCGUGCUGAGCAGGUGGCCGUGUUCAUUGACAACGGCCGUGACUCCAACCACCGCGUGUCCAAGGUGCGCGUGGAGACUGGGCCCUCGGCGGAGAAGCUCGUUGGCUUUGGCUCCUCCAUCUCCGUCAGCUCCAAGUUUGUGGGCUGGCUGACGCUGCCGUGCGCGCACAGCAGCAAAGGCGGUGGCGGCAGCAGCAGCGGUGGCGGCGGCGGCGACAAGAAGGCUGGAGGCGGCGGUAGCGUUGGUGAUGACGACGGCAUGUCAGCAUGUGCCUCUGACGCCGCGGCUCCAGCCGGUGGCGACGGCGACGGCGACGGCAUUGCGGUUGCCAUGCCGCCCGCGCCACGCGUCGUGCGCAUCCACCUGUCUGGUGCAAGCAAGCUGCGUGUGCGGCAGGUGCGUGCGUAUGGCCCCGCUAUCCAGGACGCAAGCGUGCCCAACUCGCGCGUGCAGUACAUGCGCCACCGUGCUGGGGAGGCGCUGCGGCUCUUCCGCGAGCUGACGAUGCAAAUCUUCAUGAGCGGCAAGACGGCGGCGAGCAAGAAGAAGAAGGCCCAAGGCGAAGCAGGCGCUGAGGGCCUGGGCGUUGGUGCGCAGCAGCAGCAGCAGCAGCAACAACAGGCGCAGCCGGGCGAAGCGGCCGGCGAGGGCGACAACACUGAGAUGAAGGAGCAGGUUGUGGGCAUCCUGUUCCAGGAGGGCCAGGAGCUGAACGCGCUGCAGGCGGAGGUGUGCCGCCACUUCUUCAACGAGGUGAAACGCAAGACGACGGCGCUGACGGAGAGCGGCGCGUGCCUGCAGGAGACGGAUGAGGUGUACAUGCACGAGCUGCUGACGCUGAUUCGCUCGCUGACGGCGUCUGAGGCCGGCCUGCGCGCCAUCUCCAAGGAGAGUGACAUGCUGAACCACCUGCUGGUGCUGCUGAACAUUGGGACGACGCGGGUGCAGCAGCAGGCCGUGGCGACGCUGCACAAGCUGCUUGAGUACCUGCCGUACGACCGCACAGUGAAGAUGGUGGACACGCUGCCGAUUGCCAAGGUGGGCUACGGCCCACUGUCCGUGCUGCUGCUCACCGUGGCCAAGUGCCUGACGCUGCAGGUACGCGGGCGCGGCAAGGACAAGUUCUCCACGACGGUGACGUUUGCGCAGGUGGUGGACAAGGACGCAGCCAAGAGUGCGCUGCCGAGCAAGUGGCUGGUUGGGCACGUUGAGGAGGAGGUGGUGCCGUCCGUGCUCAUGCUGGUUUCGGACCUGGUGUCGAAGCUGCCGUCGUACCAGCACAAGAGCAAGGCGGUGCUGACGCAGCUGGUCUCGACGCUCACGGAAGUUGAGGGCAAGGAGGGCAGCAGCCGCCAGGAGGUCAUCACGGACCCGCAGGUGUGGCUGUCGCUGGCGGCGCUGUGCGUGAUUGACGGCGCGACCGCGCUUGACAUGACCAAGGCGGCGUCGAGCGAGGCGCGGGAGAGCCAGCUCUUCUGCGACAACCACGACGACGGCGAGACGCACGCCACGCACGCGUGUGCGGAGUGCGAGAUGAACCUGUGCACGGAGUGUGAGCGCGUGCUGCAUCUCCCGCGUCGCAAGCGCGACCACACGCGCACGCGCAUUGGCGAGGCCUCUGCGCAGCUGCAGGUUGAGCUGAACGAGGGCUGUGGCCGGGCUCGCCUGCCGCAGCUGCUGGCCAUCGCGGACCGCAAGAGCCUCAAGGCCGUGCUGGAGUUUAAGAUGGCGUCGGGGACGGUGGCGUGCCGGUUCUGCGAGCAGCCGCUCGGCGACGAUGGCGGCAUGGCGCAGCUCGUCGCCACGGGCAUCAAGAACGUUUGCUCCGACCCAGACUGCAUUGAGCUGGCCAAGAACUCGUGCACGAAGACGCUUACCUGUGGCCAUGCCUGCUGCGGCAUUCGCGGUGAGGAGAAGUGCCUGCCCUGCCUGCGCGGGUGCAAGCCCGAGGUUGAGGCUGGCGAUGGCGAGGAGGGUGGCCAAGUGGCCCGCGCGCCGCUGACGCAGGAUAACGAGGACCAGUGCAUGAUUUGUUUCACCGGUGCGCUGCAGGAGGAGCCGUGCAUCCAGACGCCGUGCGGCCACGUGUUCCACUUCAACUGCGUGAAGCGGCUGCUGGAGGUUCGCUGGAACGGCCCGCGCAUCACGUUUGGGUUCUGCAAGUGCCCCAUCUGCAGCUCGUCCUGGAUUCACAAGGACAUCCCCGCCCUACAGCAUCUGCUGCAGCCGCUCAACGACCUCUACGAUGAGGUGCGACGCAAAGCGCUCAUGCGGCUUAACUACGACGGCAAAGAUGAGGAGGCGCCCACAGAAGAAGAACCGCGCGCAGAGUAUGCCAUGCGCAAGUAUGCGUAUUUCCCAUGCCACAAGUGCGGCAAGGCGUACUUUGGAGGCGCCGCUGCGUGCGAGGCCGGCCGCGGCUCUGCAGACUUUGAUCCCACGGAGCUUGUCUGUCCACUUUGUGUUGGCGGCGCUGCCACCCAGAUUUGCCGCAAGCACGGCACCGAAUUCCUCGAGUACAAGUGCCGCUAUUGCUGCAGCGUUGCCGUGUUCUUCUGCUUUGGCACCACCCACUUCUGCAACGCCUGCCACGACCAGUACCAGCGAUGCCAGAGCACUCCGAAAGAGCUGCUUCCUCAGUGCCCGGCUGGCCCCUGUCUGACGCAACUGGAGGGCGACGAGUGUCCGCUCCACGUGAAGCAUCCGCCGACUGGUGAAGAGUUUGCUCUUGGCUGCGGUCUCUGUCGCAACGCCCAGACAUUCUAACCCGCACACACACACACAUGCAAGGAAUGCUCCUGCGUCUUGUCGCCAUUUUGCGUGGUGCUCAUGUCGUCCGUUGAGGUCCUGUCAGUGUGUGUGUGUGUGUGCAUGUGUGUUUGCGCACUGUUUGUUCUUGGGCUGUUGGUGAGAGAGGCAUGUCACGCGUCAGUUCAUGAAGGUGUUUUGCCUUUUCUUUGUUUGUUUUGUUGUUCCUUUUUUUGCGUUUCCUUUCCUACUUCUGUCACUGUUGUGUUUGUUGCGUUGCUUUGCGUUGUGCUUGUUGGUGUGUUGCUUUGGCCAGUAUUCUCUGCUCUGAUUUGUGGUUCACUUCAUGCAUUCAACCCAAAGUCGACAUCUGGCGCACACCAAUGAACAACACGAAGCCAAACGGGACAAUUGUCAAUGGAUAAGC